CUGAUCAGAGUGCGGGCUCACCUAAGCUCGACCACACUUCAUCACCAUACAUAAACAUCUUCUUCAAUUUUUCAUCUCGCAUUUACAAAAACUAGCUAGGCCUCUUCUCUAACCAGACCACAGAGACAGACAGAGAUGGGUUUGGAGUGUGUGGGAGGUUUGGCCGUUCACAUCAUCCUAUCAAAAUUGGGUCCCGCAGACACAGCAGCAGCGGGUUGCGUUAGCACGAGGUUUAGGGUUUGGGCGUCCGACGACUCCCUCUGGUCCAAAUUCUGUUCCGAUGAACUCGACCUCUCAUCCCCUGAAGAUCCUCUCGGAAACCCUACCCCUUCUUUCAAGGCUGCUUACCAGAAAUGGAGGGAAGCUUUUGGUAUGUAUCCUUGGUCUCUGGUUAGAAGAGUAAAAAUAUGUUGGGGCAGUCUCAGGAAUUGGUUGACAGUAAAUUUCCCAGAGGCUGUGGCUACCUUGCGGAAUGGUGCGUCUGAGGAUGAAAUCAAGGAGUUGGAGGACUGCUUGAAAGUAAAGCUGCCUCUUCCCACAAGACUUCUCUAUCGUUUUUGUGAUGGUCAAGAUCUAAGAAGCGGACAAUAUGAUGAAAGCAUGGAUGGAAGUCCCUUGGGCCUUAUAGGAGGCUAUUCUUUUUAUCACCAUGAAGCUAAUGUGUACUUGUUGCCUCUAAGACAUGUAAUCAGUGAAACAAAGGAUACCGUACGUGUUCUUGAGUUUAAUAACAGAUCCAAUUAUAUUCUCGUGGCAGCUUCUAGCACGUAUUAUGAAAAGAUGUUCUUCCUUAACUGUACCAAUGGUCAACUUUAUGUUGGAACAAAAAAUCUUACAGAUGAUGGGGAAAUGUUUCCUUGUGUACCAAAUGCCUUGAUUAGUUCUGUGCAUGAUCCUGGAGGUAGUCUGCAACAAGAUGCCAUGCUAUUAUGGUUAGAAGAGCAUGUCCGCCGCUUACAAAAUGGUAUUAUCAAACUUCGGGAGGAAGGAAAAAUCAGAAGCAUUAAUCAGUUCCCAGAGGAAUUGCCCCUCUGUUCCACUGCAGUAACAAAUGGUGUUAAGGUCCGUGCUUCUGCUGUCUUUGUGCCAGAGUGUAGUACUACUGGGCAAUAUUAUUUUUCUUAUUCAAUCCGCAUGGCCCUUUCGCCUGAGGGAUGCAUCUUUAAUGGAUUGUACUUUGGCUCUUGCCAACUGUAUUGGAGACAUUGGAUCAUCCGUGCUAAUGAUGUUCUGGUGUCUGAUGUCAAUGGAGAAGCUGUAAUAGGAAAGUAUCCGCUAUUACGUCCAGGCAAGAAAGAAUUUGUUUAUGAGAGCUGUUCACCUCUACCAGAAUCUUCAGGGUCCAUCGAAGGUGCUUUUACAUUUGUACCUGGCAGAUUGGCAGAUCCCAAAGGCAGUCCAUUUAAGGUUGAAGUGGCACAGUUCCCCCUCCACAUACCGGAAUACAUUUUCUGAUGAAACUGUCGUCCAAGAUUAAUUUCCUUGAAUGUUUAUUCUGGUCAAUGUUUGUGUUUGUGUGUGUCUGUUUAUUGUGAUGAAUUUCUGGAGAACAGUCGGUGGUUUGAUGAGAUCGACUAGAUGUAAUGCUUAAGAAACCUUAACAUAUAUGUUGGUUUGUUCACUUUGUUUAUAUACCUAAUGAGUUUGUUCCUUUCA